AGCUGCAAAACCAAAACACGACCAAAACCGAAAUCUUUUAAUGUCGGCAAUAACAUCAAAAGUGAUCUUUUAUUUUUGUAUUUAGGAUUGUCACUUGCGAUACUAGAACUACCGAUCGGAUAACAUUUGUUUUUCACGCUUCUGGAUCCGGAUUGCUACCAAGUUGAGACCGAUCGAACAUACACAAAGCUGUCAUAAGUUGAAAACAGACUGAAAUCAGCUGAUUGCAACUGUCUCGUGGAUUGCCUUGUUGUCAAAAGGGUGGGUAAUUUAUUACGAACUUCGCAUUAUAGCGUCCGCCAUUAUGGCGCGUAAAAAGCUGAAUAGAGAUCGCAACCAACUACAAACACCCAACGAACGAAUCACCACUGUAAACCCUGCGUUUUUACUCAGUGUAGAAAUAAAAGCCGUUUGUUUGUAAACACAGCCAAAAAUAAAUUCGUUACUCAACACAAGAAAUAAGUUAGUAUGUGUAUUUUUAGUUAGAAAAAUAUUCAGUAGUGAACCAUUAUCGGUUUAACAAAAUGAUUAACUUACUGCGGCAUGUAUCACGCGGAGAGAUUUUGCGCAAAGUUAGUGUUAAAAGUUACGCCGUUAAGUAUCGGUUAACAAGUUCCCAAAGUAAGCAUAAUAAGUUUGUCGAGGGCCCAAGCUUGCAGGACUUUAUUCAUCGGUCUAACUUUGUGCCUGAGCAAAUAGAUAAUGUUAAUCGACAUUCGGAGUUACCCUAUUUACCCCGAGAAGCUCUGCUUGGACGGGGUCAGAAAGUAUUCUUCGAAAUCUACGGUUGUCAGAUGAAUACAAACGAUAUGGAAAUUGUGUGGUCAAUUUUAAAAGCUCAUGAGUAUCAGCGAGUUGGUAGUAUUAAGGAUGCGGACAUUGUACUGAUGGUCACUUGUGCAAUUAGAGAAGGAGCAGAGCAGACGGUUUGGAAUCGGCUCAGACACCUUAGACAAAUGAGGGAAAAACGGGAAGAAUCUAAUAGACCUAUGCUCGUGGGUGUUUUGGGAUGUAUGGCAGAACGGUUGAAAAAUCAGUUAGUCGAAAAAGAACGAGCAGUUGAUGUUGUUGCAGGUCCGGAUAGCUAUAAAGACUUACCUCGGCUGCUAUCUGUAGGACAAACCGGUCAGAAAGCGAUUAACGUGAUGCUGUCAAUGGAUGAAACUUAUGCGGAUAUUAUUCCGGUGAAACUGGAUCGUAAGUCUCGAACGUCUUUCGUAUCGAUAAUGCGCGGAUGCGAUAACAUGUGCGCCUUUUGUAUUGUACCGUUUACGCGGGGGAAAGAGCGAUCAAGACCGAUUAGUUCGAUUAAAGAUGAGGUGCGUAAGCUUGAAGCUAAAGGGAUUAAAGAAGUUACACUUCUUGGUCAAAACGUGAAUAGCUAUAGGGACAUAAGCGGCAAUCAGGGAAGUGACAAACAGGCUACCGUACUGGCGGAAGGGUUUAAGACUGUUUACAAAACCAAAGUAGGUGGACUUAGGUUUUCAGAGCUACUUGCGGAGUUAGCUGAAACGGUACCAGAAAUGAGAAUAAGGUUUACCUCACCUCAUCCGAAAGAUUUUCCUAAGGAAGUACUGCAAACAAUAGCACGAUAUCCUAACAUAUGCAACAGUUUACACUUACCAGCUCAAUCUGGUAGUAAUACGGUGUUGGACCGUAUGCGACGGGGAUAUACUAGAGAAGCAUAUCUUAGUUUGGUCAGUGAAAUACGUACGGUGAUACCAGAUGUGACGCUAUCAAGCGAUUUUAUUUGUGGAUUUUGUGGGGAAACUGAUGAAGAGUUCGCUGAAACUAUUUCUCUAAUUCAGUUAGUAAAAUAUCACACCGCAUUCCUGUUCGCCUACAGCAUGCGCGAGAAAACAACAGCUUAUCGCCGUUAUAAGGAUGACGUAUCAGAAGAUCUGAAAAAACUUAGAGUUAAGAAAAUGAUUCAAACGUAUCGAGCAGGAGCGAGUGAACUAAAUGCUCAAUGGGUUGGAUGUGAGCAGCUGAUUUUAGUUGAAGGAUACAGCAGACGAUCCAAACACGAUCUGUGCGGAAGAAAUGAUGGAAAUAUAAAAGUGAUAAUUCCGGCAGGCGAUGUUCCUUUCGACGAUCCGUACGGCCGGGAAAGGAAGACGAUUGUAAGCGGUGAUUAUGUUGCAGUGAGAAUAACAGAAUCAAAUUCGCAGAUUCUGAAGUGUAUUCCUCUCUAUCACACAAGCAUCAGUCAAUACUCGCAGAGGCGACAGCUUCAGGAGGUUGCUCAUAGUACAAGCAUUGGUUAUUGAUAGAUUAGGUUUUUGCAUAAUAAAAUUGAAUGACUCAUGGAAAA